CUUUACCCUGCAGCUCCCAGCAUGCCAGGGAGUGGCUGGGAGAGACAGACUGUUUUCUUUAGGACUGGGGCUGGGCCGAGGGCUGCACAGUGGACACCAGUGAGGAGCUGAGGAGUCACUGACCUGAGGACUGAAAGCUAAGGAGAAAGGGCACAGUGAAGGAGGUUUUAGGCUGGAGUCAUGAAGGUGUUAGCCGCAGCCUUGGCUGGUGGGAUUUUUGGGGCAGUAGGGACCCUGUGUUUACUCCUGGCCUUUGGUACAGACUACUGGCUGGUGGCCAGUGACAACUGUGGACCAUAUACAUGGCCGACGCAAACAACCCUGACAGGGGGAAAAGAUGCCAAUGGGACUGAGAUCCAGUUGGAAGUGGAAGCAGUCACUGAUUCUCAUCCGUCUCUCACCCUCCACCAUGAGGGUUUCUUCUGGCGCUGUGUGUUUCAGGUGGAGCCCACAGCGCAUGCAGUCCUGGCCACUCUCUUCACAAACCAGCCAGAGUCCAAGGUGUGUAUCCAUGGCUACCUCUUCCCUCUGCCUGUUGCUCUUGGACAGGUGCCUAAUCCAAGUUACGAUGCUACAGCAGUGUUUCGGGGUUUCUGGACCUUGCUGAUAAUCGUCGGGCUUGUCUCAGCUCUGACUGGAGGCUUCCUCUUGGUCUGUGGUGUCCCCUUCAUCAGCCACCAACUCUACAAGCUGGGUGGAGCCUUCCUCGUCACUGCUGCCUGCUUGUUCCUGUUCACGCUUCUGCUCUACGUACUGUGGAUGGAGGUGGUGGAUGUGAAGCGCUACGUCCUGCAGGAGAGAGGAGAGGCAUGUCCAGAUGCCAAGGUUUCAGUGCUCUACGGCCUGUCGUUCAUGGUGGCGGUGGCUGGCGUGCCUCUGGAGCUCGUCUCUGGGUUGGUCUUCAUGAUGGUGGGCCGGGCGCUGCGUGCCAGCAAGUGAGCUCCCCAUCUGGCCCAUACGAGAAGAGUGGACCGACCUUUUUACGCCCUACACUGGGACUCAGCGGCACACUUGUGGGAUGUGUAAAUACCGGCUGGAAAGAUAUGACCAAUAUUACAGCACCACCCUUUGGAUGUUGCAUGCAGUCAGAGACACUGGUUCGGUGCAGCAGUUGUUGAUCGCUAGCUUUGCUUGAGUUCCAUAAAAAUCACCAAUUACACAAGAAUAUCAAUACCACAAUAGGUCAGUGGUAGAGUUUAUAUGAUUAGCAUGAAUUGGAAUGGAUAUAAUACGGUACAAGAUGUGUUAAGACAUCUAAUCUGAGAGAUUUUUGUCUUGGCAAAACCCUGUGAAUAUAAAUAUUUCUUCCACCCAGUUGCAUCCUACUGUCAUUCUACCAAUUGCAGCUUGUAUUAAUGCUGCAAAUGAUGAAUCCAUAGAGCGGACGGUGAGAAAACGCAUGGGUGAACCAGCUGUGUCCCCUGUCCUGGAUUUGGCACACGAUCAGAGUAGGCUAGCUAGAGCAGAGCGAGGUGGGAGGGAGGAAUGGCUGGAUGGACUUUAAACAGAAAUGGUAAGUUUGGAUAGAGGGUGGGGGUGGGGCAGGAGUGGGAUGGAUGUGGGUAUAGGGGGGAUAGAGAAAGAAUUGAUGCGUGCAGGGGGGGCACAAGGGGGCUUUGAGAAAUGAACAGCUGUUUGUGGGUUUGGUUGGUGUACAGAGGGCCGGCCACCUGCCUCCUUCACCCCAAUCAUAUUUCACUCCCUCAUUCUAAUCGUUAUGCUUUCUCUUUUCUGCCUCAUACUAUUAUGUUUCUCUAUCCUACCCUACUUGUAAACGUUACAUUCAGAAAACCCCUGCCACUAAUAGAUAUUCUGUUGACACACAUCCGUUGCACUCACACCCCUCUGGGCAUUCUUUCCUUUCCUCAGUGUUUUCCAAAGGGCAAAGACAGACUUGCGAUUGUAUCAUAACUGCUACAAUAUUAGAUCAUCCUCCUUUUUCAUUGGUCUGAAUGGGCAGCAUGUGGAAGCAGGCAAGUGGACUCUAGGUCACGCAUAUCAGCUUUCAUCUACUGUACUGUGGAGAAGGAGCUGGUGUUUGAGGGGUGGGGACCUCACUGAUCAAACACACACGUUCAUGCACUCACACACUCACACAUGCUGUGAUCAAACUGUCCACAACACACCAAUGUUAAUUAUUGAAACAUACUGGGCUUUUCCUCCGCAUACAGAGCUGAUCCUAGUUCUGACUGAUGUAAUGCAUGUUGAGAGUACUGCUGUAAUAUAGGACCAUAGCCAUCAAAUGCUAUAGAUCCGCUCAGUUUACUGUGCUGCCUGUGUCUGUCAGAGGAUACCCUCGAAUUUUGGUACGUUGAACCUGUGGUCUUUUACAUGAUUGUUAUUGGUAAAUGUAUGUGUGAUUAUAUGAUAUACAGAAUAUUCAGUGGUGUGCUUCUCACUAGUAUUCAUAGUCACUCAAUAGGAGUAGUGAGAAGGGAAAGUGGAUGUUCUCCCAAUGUACAUUUGCCAAACAUUUCCCAUCCAUUGAGAAUUUUCUCUCGUAAAAGCAAAACAUGUUGUUUCAAAACACUUCCAAUAAA